AUGCGCAAAGCGCCGGCGGAAGCGGCGGGAGCGGCAGCGCUGGCGGCGGCGGAGCAGCAGCAGCGGGGGAGCGGCGGCGGCGCCCGAGUGGGGCUGUGCCUGCUGUGCGGGCUGCCCGCGGCCGGCAAAUCCAGCCUGGCCCGCGCCCUGCGCCGCCGGCUGCCGCAGCGCCCCGGCUGGGCCUGCGCGCUCCUCGCCUACGACGAGCUCAUCCCGCCGGAGGCCUUCUGGCCGCGCGCGCCGGGGGCGGGCCCGCUCGAGCCAUCCCCGUUGCUGCCCGGCUGGAAGCGGAGCCGCCGCGAGCUGCUGCAGUGCCUGGAGGGAUUCCUGCGGGCGCUGCUCACCGGGGCGCCGCUGCCCGGCCCCGCGCAGCCGGGCUGGGAGCGCUUCCUGGGUUGCUGCCGCCGGGAGGGGCUGCUGCCUGCCGCGGAGGGGGACGCCGGAGCCGCCUCCCGGCCGCUCGUCCUCCUGUUGGAUGACAACUUCUAUUACCAGAGCAUGCGGUACGAGGUGUACCAGCUGGCCCGCAAAUAUUCCUUGGGCUUCUGCCAGUUAUUUUUAGAGUGUCCACUGGAAUGCUGCCUGCAGAGGAAUCGCCUCAGAAGUGAUCCUGUGCCUGAGCAGACAAUACAUUUAAUGGCAAGGAAAAUAGAAAUGCCAGAUCUCAGGAAAAACACUUGGGAGCAGCACAGCCUCAUUCUGAGUAGUUCUGAUUGCAUCUCAGAGGACAAUGAGCAGAUCAUGAAUUUGCUGACCACUGCUUUGGAAAAUCCAGAGAGGCCAAACGAGGAGGACGUGGAGCAAAAGGAGGCAGCUCGAGCCAUCUGUGCAGCCAGUGCUGUCCAUCAGGCUGACCAGGCAUGCAGGAGGGUCAUCUCUCAGGCAAUGAGGGAUGCCAAAGGUAAAAACAUUCUCCCAAGUGAGAUGAAGAGCCUGGCAGAAGAACUCAACAGACUGAAAGCAGAAUUUUUGGAAGACGUGAGGCAAGGAAAGACUUUGAAAACCCAAUAUUCUGAUCCUGCUACACGUGUAAUUUCUUCAUUCCAACAUGAGGCAACCAAUGUAGUAAAUAAAUAUAUUUGUAAAUAAUGAUGUAGAGAAUGUUGGGUGUUCAGGAAUCCAAAGUGUUUCAAAUGCAGUGCUCUGAGUGCUGCUGCUGAGAGAUCUGAGGUACAGCUCCCUUCCCUGGAGCCUCUGUGCCUCCUCUCCCUCCUCUGAUACGGAAGAGAAACAGUCUAACCAAGCUGUUCUUGGCUGUGGAGAUCAGGCCAAGAGCAAACCAUCCUGAGACAGAAAUUUCAUGGAAUCAGAAAGAGUCAACCCAGGAGGAGCACUUGGAUAAUCACCAGCUCCACCCAUGGAAGCAUAUGCAAUUAAGAAUUGACAUGAGACCUAAUUAGAAAGUGUUAUUUUAUUCAUAUCUUACAAAAGCAAAGCUUCACAACAUGAACUACACGAGAUAGAGUUAUUUCAGAAUUAACCGUGUCAUCUCAAAAACAUUCACUAACAUUAAAAUUUAUUUUACAACUCUAACAGGUUUCAUUUUUGCAUAAAAUCUGCUCUUUACACUGAAAUACAUAUUAUUAACAAAGUAGGUACUUAGAAGCACAUACACAAAGAAUGCUCAAUGAAAAAUGCUUCAGCAGGAGAGAUUUCCUGCAGCAGAACAUCCAUUUGCUGUAGAUUUUCAAAGAAGCUUAAAAUUAGUAGAAAACUUGCCAGUGAAGACUUCUAAAUUACAUUCCCUUCGUCAAAAAGAAA